AUGCCGAAUGCGUUCCAAGACUUGUCCGAUGACACAUACGGGCCGCAGUUCCUGCACAACGCAGUGGUGAUCAGUGCGUCUGUCAAGACUGCCCAACGCAUAGCCUCCUUACUGGCUUCCUGCCGGGGCGAACGUUCCAUGGGAGUUGCCGCCGCAGUGUGCAGCACUGAACAAGCGGGUGAACAUGCUGAACAUACUGAACAUGCAGAGACAGAGGGCCACAAUGUUAUCGAAGCCCAGGACCUGGAGGACCUUGACCCAGAAGAUUUUGACAUCGUGAUAUACGUAGGUCCUCAUGGAAUUGAUGCAAUGCUGGAGGCUGCCUGGACAAGCAAAGGUAUUUUUAGGCGAUGGGAGGAGUCCAAGGAGGAGGAGCAGACCAAGGAGCUGCUGACAAAGCUCGACGAUGUUGCCAUGCGAAGUGCUUGUGGUGCAGGGACAUCAUGCUGA